CCCGUUUCAUUCAACGCGCUGAUGCCGUUAAUAGAUUCAUGUAUGACGAGAAUAGUAUGUUUAUUUCGUCUUAAUGGACGGUGGUUUCCAUGGAGACGGGACGCAGGACUGUUAGGAUGCUGAUGGAAACAGCGUCUGUCUGCUGGGGCUUCCGGAGCGGGGAGCUUUGAUCCAAACGUAGGCUGUCGGGUUCACGCUUCUUAAGCCCCUCCCUUCGUUCUCAGAGAAAUCGCGGCAUUAGGUGGGAUGCAUAGCAGUCUUCUGUCAUGGCGCCGAGAUUCCAGGUGAAGGUAAGGCUGCGCAUGCCUUCCAGGAGCAGCAGCAGCAGCAGUGCGCACUGAGCUGCUGAAAAUGGAGCAGAGGGCCGCUGAGCUCCGCGUCUGGAAGGCUGCAGAGACUGCAGCAGCUCCACUGCGUUAGGCUGCAGGACAGGCCGGGGUUGAAUUUGGAGAAUGGCCCAGAGGGACGGAUUCAGGAGAAAACAGUCCAACAUGAGGAGCCUGGAGCAGGAGCUGAACUGUCCCGUGUGUAAGGAGAUCGUCAAGCAGCCCGUGGUCCUGCCAUGCCAGCACAGCAUCUGCCUCAUGUGUGCCUCAGAGGUCCUGGUGGCGAAUGGAUACCCACCCCCGGAGCUCCCCCCGGAGCCCAACUCCCCAGCCUCCACCCCCAACAUGCGCUCUCCUCGCCAAAUGCGCAGGCCCGCCCCCAAAACGGAGCAGCGCCCCAUUGACCGCGUGCUGCGAUCAGGUCCCCACCCACCUUCACCCUCCAUGCCUCGCUCUCCGGGGGGGUAUCCAGGGCGACGGCGCAAGGAAGGCCCGCCCCUGGUGAUGAUGUUCCCCUGCAUCCCCUGUGGCCGGGAGGUGGAGCUGGGGGAGAAAGGUCUGACUGACUGUCUCCGGAACCUCACCUUGGAGCGCAUUGUGGAGAGGUACAGACACUCGGUGAGUCUGGGCAGCGUCGCCGUCAUGUGCCAGUUCUGUAAACCUCCUCAAGCGCUUGAAGCCACGAAGGGCUGCGCUGACUGCAGGGCCAACUUCUGUAAUGAGUGCUUCAAGCUCUACCACCCGUGGGGGACCCCGAGGGCUCAGCACGAGCACAUCCUGCCCACACUCAACUUCAGACCAAAGGUUCUGACCUGUCCAGAGCACGACCAGGAGAAACUGCAGUUCUACUGCCGGUCCUGCCAGCGACUGCUGUGCCCCCUCUGCAAACUGCGCCGGAUUCACUCUGGACACAAAAUCCUCCCGGUGGUGCAGGCGUACCAGGCUCUGAAAGAGAAAAUUACCAAGGAGAUGAACUACAUUCUGUCCAACCAGGACACCGUUCUGGCACAGAUUACCCAGCUGGAAAGCGGCAUCACCCAGACAGAGGUGAACAGCGUGUCCGCCAGAGAGCAGCUGGCCCAGAGCAUCAGGGAUCUGACGGCGGCUCUGGCCGAGCGCCACGCCUCACUUACCCAGGCCCUGGAGGCUGCGCGGCAGAAAAGAGGCGAGGCCUUGUCUGCUCAGGUGGCGGAGAGGCGGAGCUUGAUGGAACACGCGGGGCUGAUGGCGUUCACUCAGGAGCUGCUGAAGGAAACGGACCAGCCGUGCUUUGUGCAGGCUGCCCGCCAAACCCACAACAGACUGAGCAAAGCCAUCGAGAAUCUCCAACAUUUCAGUCUAGCCGCCGAUCCGUCCUUCAGACACUUCCAGCUGGAUGUUUCCAAGGAGCUGAAGUUCCUGACAGAGCUGAACUUCAUUCAAGCUCCUCUGGCGCCGGUGAUCGAUACCCAGCGAUCUUUGGCCUACGACCAGCUCUUCUUAUGCUGGCGACUUCCUCCAGACUCCGCCCCCGCCUGGUAUUACUCGGUGGAGUACCGCCGGCGUGGCGUCGUACCGGGAGGAACGUCCAGAGGAGGCAUCAGGGGGGGACUGGCCGCCGCUCGCUGGGGCUGGCAACGCCUGGAUGACGUGAACGGAGCAAGUGCCGUGAUUGACAGGCUGGAGAUGGACAGCGUGUACGUGCUGCGGGUGAGAGGCUGCAACAAGGCGGGCUACGGAGAGUACAGCGAGGAGGUGUACCUGCACACACCUCCUGCCCCAGUUCUGAACUUUUACUUGGAUUCUCGCUGGGGUCUCCACGCCGACCGGCUGGUGGUCAGCAAGGAGCAGCGCGGCGCCCGCAGCGUCCCCGGCCUUUCUCUGCUGCAGGCCGCCGACCACGCCCUCACCUCCUGUCAUCUGACCUCUGACCUCCUGGUGGGAGAUGUCGCCAUCACCCAAGGAAGGCACUACUGGGCAUGCUCAGUUGAACCCGGAUCCUACCUUGUGAAGGUGGGGGUCGGUCUGGAGUCCAAGCUGCAGGAAUGGUUUCACCUUCCACAGGACAUGGCGAGUCCACGGUAUGACCCCGACAGCGGCCAUGACAGCGGGGCGGAGGAUGCGCUGGACUCUGCGCCUCCGUUCUGCUUCCUCACCAUGGGGAUGGGCAAAAUUUACUUGCCUCAGCACAGCAACCACCCCCACAGUAACCAUGGAAACGCCAACCGAGAUCCCAACAGCAACGGCCCCUCCCCGCCCAAAGGCGUCACGUACCCUCUGCCGCCGCGGCUCGGCGUCUGCCUCGACUUCGAAAAGGGCCGCGUGACCUUCCACGACGCCCACUCGCUGCGGCCCCUGUGGGAGGGCCACGUGGAUUGCUCCGGCCCCGUGUGCCCGGCGUUCUGCUUCAUCGGCGGGGGCGCCCUGCAGCUGCAGGAGCUGGUGGCCAACCGCAACGCGGACCAGACUCCGGUCAGACGGGUGACCAUCCAGCCCCGCGUGUCCAACCACAGCGCCUAAAGGGGGCGGGGCUGGAACGCCACUGCAGAGAGAGAGAGUCUGCAUCUCAGCCAUUUUCUGUUUUGUAAUUGAUUUUCAUGGAUAAGACGUUUCUAUAGCAACAAAUAUGCAAUGUAAUUAUGUUUCUUACUUCUUUUUUGUUACACGCAGAUUUGCAGGAUCGAUUAUUGCUUAAGGAGUGUGUGGUCGUUUCAUCGUUGAUGCUUGCACCUAUAGUCAGGCUUAUGCUGCAUAUAUUUAUAAAGCUGAUGUUCAUGUCUGAGUUUUAUCCGUCCUGUGAUCAUGAUUGCCAUUUCUCAUAGAGAUACAGAGAGUAAAAACACAAACUGUUUGAUUGCAUUUAAAGGCUGAAGUUAUUGAAGCUAUUAUGAUCUAAAAAUAGAUGUUUCUGGGCCGUGAAUCUAGAGAUUUUUUAACUGGACCUUUAUUUAAGGUAUCAAGAACAUUUUCUUAUUAGGACCAGAGACAGAGUGGAACAUUGAUUGAAUGAUGUGAUUAUGAUGUGUUGUCUCCACUGUCCUGUUCGGUAUUUCUAAUGUUUGUGCGUCCUCACGUGUGCGUUUCAUUCCCAGAGUAAGCGCCGACUAAAGAACUUCUGUCUCCUUUUUCAUUUCAAGCUUUGCUUAAAUGUACGUUGACGAGCAGUUCUUCAGAUAGAAAGAGUAGCAAGUAAAGUGACACAAUGUCUGCAGAGUAAGAAACUGAAUAAAUUCUAACGGUUUCAGUGACAAAA